CAUACCUCUCUCUCUCCCUCCAUCUCACUCUCUCAGUCUGUCUCCCCCACUCCCAUGCUGUUGUGAUAGACAGCACGGCACUCUCGGCUCGGCUGCAUGGAGGCACAGGGAGGGGCAGGGAGCCCAGAGCCCAAUAAAGACAUCCAGAAGUUGCUGAAGCCCUCCAGCUCAGGGGACCUUUCCAAGGAGUUGUACCAUCACCCAGUGGGGGAAGAGGAGGGAGGGCUUCCAGGACACACCGCUGGCCUGCUGCACGUCACCGAGAGGAGACGUGAGUACCGGGAGCCUCUGAGCAGCGUGUCCUCCCUGGAGGUGCACUUUGACCUCCUGGACCUGACAGAGCUAACCGACAUGUCUGACCAGGAGCUGGCUGAGGUGUUCGCUGACUCUGAUGAGGAGAACCACAACGAGUCCCCAGCAGGCCACCAMCAGCCACCCCUGCCCAGAGGAGGUUACAUGCGCUCCCCCUCGUGGACCCGUUGCAGCAAGGCUGAGCCCCGCAGGGAGAGGAAGCACCACAGCGACUCCGACACCACCGCAGAGCCCUUAAUGAAGCUGGAGAGGCCUAAGCAGCCCUGAGAGCCUGUGGGUCUGGAGGAGAGGCCCAGGGCCCGGAAAGAGAGAGGCCCAGAGCGGAAACACCGAGAGCGGACACAGAGACCACACCAACUGACCCAACCCCUGCGCCGGGCACUGAGACAACCAUGGUGCUAAAGACACUAUAGACAGACUGAGCUCUCGAUGCUGUGCACUGUAUUAUAAACUUAACAUGAAACGAUGUCUGUGAGUGAAAUACACACAAAAUCACACACACGUACACACAUACUAUUAUUGUGUUUUCCAUGCAAGGGGUUCCACUGGCACAAAACACUGGAGGGCCAGUGUGCUUUUUGAGGCUUUGUUUGGGGUGAACAACAGGGUAUAAGGCUGUCCCAGUGUGGGGAGAAUGCUUGGCUAAAAGCCUCCCCAUCCCUGCAGCAUCUUAGGGGUGGGAGAGUAGGUUUGGAGGGGUGGGACGGACCCUGAAAUCUGUGACAACCUCGGCUACAAAAUAUCAUGUGGCAAAGUUAACGAGAAUACCCACUCCAGUCAAAUAAAUUACUGGAAUAUGGAUGUCAUUAUGCGAUAGUACAGCAGGCAAUCUGGAAGUCUUCUUUGUAAUUAGAAUAAGAGUCCAACCUGAAUCUAUUGCACAAUGUUCUUCCUUAAAGUGCCAGGGCCAUCUGCUCUCUCUGAAUUACUUUCUGCAGGCUUUCUGUAGGUUGUAACUAACAAGAGGCAAUGGGUAGCGUUUCAGUGGGGCCACUCUCCAUCGCUCUCUUUUCUUUCCAUCCUCUCUCUCUCUCUCUUCUUCUACCUCUCUCUACCUGAGAGGAAACCGGUGUGGCCACAGUAAACUAAAUGUAUUUGCAGAUAUGAUAUGAGAUACGACAGCAGCCCUUCUCACCAACAUUACAUUCAACACUGUGGAUCUUGUCCUUUGCCAAACCAAGCGAUGUGGGGAUGGGUGGUGAAAAAAAUAAAGAAUUUCAUGCAAACAAAGUGAAUUUUCUCU